AUGGCCGUCCCACUCACUCCACCACCAGCACCAGCACCCUCCUCACCCGACCCACCGCUGUUCCCGCCGCUCCACACAGCCGACAUCCUCGCCUGCCAGUUCUCACACUGGUACCCGCUCUUCAGGCGCAUCAGCCCUAAGGCCACCGUCAUACGACCCAUACCGCAAGAGGACGACUUUGUAGAGUACCUCGAGAGCGAUGGGCUGUUCUUGCCAGAGGGAAGCGGGCCCAUGGGGCUCAGCGAGCUGAGCGACUCGGACUCGGACUCGGACUCCCCUUCCUCCUCGACCGCAUCCUCGACAGACGGCGCAGACGGCCGACCAACCCCUUCCCCGCGCCAACGCCGCCAAUUCUCCUUCCCGCACCUCGACGCCGAGAUCCGUUCCGCUUUGGCGAGAUACGACGGCGCCGUCUUCCCCAAGUUGAACUGGUCGUCGCCGCAGGACGCAGCAUGGAUGUUGCCCGGCCAGAACCUCAAGUGCCAAACGCCCGCCGACGUCUACCUCCUCCUCAAAUCCAGCGACUUUAUCUCGCACGACCUCGACCGGGCAUUCGACGACUGCAUCGACUACGAACCAACUUCCCCUUCCCUCGCUGGCCUGAGUUUGGAUGAGGAAGAGGGAGAACGGAGGAGGAGGAGACGCUGGAGCUUCGAGCUGGUGUUGAAGAAGUGGUUUGAUAUGCCGAGGUCGCAGGAAUGGAGGUGCUUCGUCCGCGAGAACCGGUUACUCGCCAUCUCCCAACGCGACACGACCUUCUACGACUUCUUGCAAGGCGAGCAAGUCAAAGCGAACUUGACGACCCAGAUCAGCGACUUCUGGGCGCGCGAGAUCCGCGACAAGGCGCCUCUCUCCUCCUACAUCUUCGACAUCUACCUAACACGGGACUCCUCCCGCCUCUUCCUAAUCGACCUAAACCCCUUCUCUCCCCGGACCGACACCCUCCUUUUCCCCCCCUCCCACCUUCUCUCCCUCCAUCUCUCCCCUUCCUCCUCACCAGACUUGAGGGUCGUGGAAAGCGAGAAAGGAGGUGGGAUGCCGAGGUAUGCGCACAAUAGGUAUCCGAGGGAUGUGGUCGAGUUGAGUGAGGGACAGAGCGUGGCGGAGUUUGCGAGGGAGUGGGUUGGGAGGGUGGCGGAGGCUAGUGUGUCUAACGAGGAGGAGAAGGGGAAGAGGGAGCAGAGGGAGGAGGAGAGGAUUGGGCGGUAG